CAAAGCCAAGGGAGCUGAAGUUACACAGACUGGCCCUUUAAAAGCACUGUCACUUAUCUGCAGACUGUUUCUACUGUUUUUCAAUCAGGUCAGCUGACUGUGACAGGAGACAGUUAAGAGAGAGAGUUCCUUUCUUUUCCUUUGUCUCUGUAUAAUUUUAUGCUUUUUUUUGUUUGAUAGAUACAACACAUUUUGUGGAGACUUUUACUUUUUUGCUUAUCAAAGGGACUGUUGGAGAAUAUUUCUUCUCCUAUUCAUCUCUCUGAGUGAAUCCUCACUAGAGGCCGAUGGAUCUGUCCGACCUUCCCUUCCCUCUCUCCUCAGUCGAUGAUCUCUAUGAUGAUCCCUGCUUCAGCACCAGUGACAUGAACUUUUUUGAUGACCUGGAUGCUCGGUUGAUGCAUGCCGGCCUGCUGAAGCCAGAUGACCAUCUUCAUCACCAACACCACCAUGUCCCUGAGGAUGAGCACGUCAGGGCCCCCGGGGGCCUCCACCAGGCAGGGCACUGCCUGCUAUGGGCCUGUAAGGCCUGCAAGAGGAAGACGACACAUGCAGACAGAAGAAAAGCAGCAACGAUGAGAGAAAGGCGUCGGCUUAGUAAAGUAAAUGAUGCGUUUGAGACCCUGAAACGCUGCACGGCCUCCAAUCCAAACCAGCGGCUGCCCAAGGUGGAGAUCUUGCGCAAUGCGAUCAGCUACAUCGAGUCCCUGCAGGCGCUGCUGAGGGCCGGCCGGGAUGACAGCUUCUACCCACAGCUGGAGCACUACAGUGGGGACUCAGAUGCCUCCAGCCCCCGCUCCAACUGCUCUGAUGGCACGAUGGAUUUCAUCUCUCCAUGUUCAGCCACAAGUGAAAACAGUGAUGGUUCCUACUGCAGCCAGACAUCAGACGAUUCAAGCGGCACUAAACCAUGCCUCAUUUCCAGUUUGGACUGUUUGUCCAGCAUCGUAGAGCGGAUCAGCACAGACCCAGCCUUGCCACUCCCAGGAGAUAGCGUGGUCCCCCGGGGCCCUGGAUCACCUCACAACAGCCCUGCUGUCUCCAGCCCCUCUGCUGAACCCAACAGUAUCUAUGAGUCACUCUGAACAUGAUGGAGAGAGAAAAACAGACUUAUUCCCUCCAUUCUUCUGGAGAAAAAUGCUGGAGGCCUCAUGAAAAACACAAAUAUUCCUUCUACAGUUGGAGCUGAGAUAUUUUCAUAUUAUCCCUCUAAAUUGGUGACGUUUCAGUCCAGUUUCUUCAGACUGGUGCUUCAGUUUUCAGCUUCCUGAACUAACUAAAGGCUGCUGUGUGUUGGAUGAAUCUCAGCAGAGAAAAAUAUGUAUGAAGAACAAGUAGGAGGACAUUUCUGCUGCAGACAAAACGACCAAGGACCAUUUUGUACAUCUGUAAAUAAGAAUUACUUGUUCAUCACACACUCAAAUACAGACACAAAGGAUGCUGGGAUUGUUGUGUCAUGUGUUUCUAUGUGUUAUUUAUGAGUGAAUUACAUUUUAAUAAAGAAAUAUUUAUAUUCUGA